AUGGGAGAGGGACAUUCUAAAAGUACAAUUAAUCAUGGUAAUUUGAGUGAAGAAGAAGUUCAAAAUAUUAGGAAGAAAUUUAGUUUGAAUAAAAAAGAAUUAAAUGAAACUAUUAGUACAUUUGAAUUUAUUUACGCAUAUCCACAUAUAUUAAGACCUUAUAUUGCCUUAGUACUUCCUUCUUUUCAUGAAGUGCUACGAAAAAAGAAUAGGAAGAAUAAAAGUAAAAAUAGUAGUACUUCUAAUAAUACAAAUAACUAUGGUUUAAAUUAUGCUAUAAAUAUAUUAUUUAGUAAAAGCAAUAAAAAGAUUAGUAAUGAAAUAUCAUUACAAGAUAUAAUAAAUAUUUUAUCAUAUUUACAUAAUGUUAAGAGCAGAAUUAUUAUUAGGAUAUUGUUCUUAAGUUUUCUAAGGUAUAGUAUAACAAAUAAUAACGAUACUAUAAAAUUAAAUAUAUUAGAAGAAAAUGAUAUAGAAAAUGAAAAUAAUAAUGAUGAAUUAAAUAUCACAAAAAUUGUUGAAUCGAAUAUUAAAAGGGAAGAUUGCUGUAUGGCUACGGAUACAUAUGAACCUAAUAUAUAUGAUGAUCCUCAAAAUAAUAAUAAUGAUAAUGAUAUAAAUGAUGAAUAUUUUUUAUAUAAGAAACGUAGUUCUUUUGAUUUAGUAUAUUCCGAUUCAAAUGUAAAUACAAUAAAUAAGAAUAAUAAAAAAGAAAGAAAUUAUAAAUUUAUUAAAGAUAAUAUAUUUAUUGUUGAAAAAAAUAAAAUUACAAGUCAAUAUCCACAGAAUUUUAUAGUUAAAGAUUUAAUUUCAAUAGAAGAAGCAAUACAUCAUCUUUUUACAUAUAUGUAUAUAGAACAAUUGUAUUUAUUAUGCCCAAGUAAUAUGUUAUUUAAAUUAUCAAAUGUAACUCAGUUAGCUGAAAAAGAUUUUCCUAUAAAUAAUAUAAAAUUGAAAUGCUAUGAUGAUUCUAUAAUUAAUAGACAAAAUAGUUGGGACUUGGCUUUUUUUUUUAAAGAAUUAUCAUGUUCAUUAGAAACAAAUUUAGAUUUUAAAAAUAUUGUUAUAGGUUUUAGAUUAUAUGCUAAUUCUAUAGAUAAUAAUAAAAAUUCUAUAGAUUCACUUGUAAUUGAAUAUAUAAAUUCGACUUUUACUAAUAUGAGUAGUAAUUAUUCGAAUGUAACAUGGAAACAUUUUAUGAAUAAGGAAAAUGUAUUAACAGAAGGAAUUAAUAAAGAUAACAAGAAAAAAAAAAAACAAUCGAAUACUUCUGAAACAGAUAUACAAUUAGAAGAGGAAGAUCAAAAAGAAAAUUAUAUUUUUGAUCAAAAUGAAAUACCAAAUAUAAAUGAUAUAUGUAUUAAUAGUAUUGAAUUAAUACAUUCGAUAUAUACUAAUAUGAAAAAAAAGGAAAUAGCAAAAAAAGAUAAUAAAAAUAAGUUAUUGGAUAAUGAUACAUAUAAGCAAUCAGAAUCUAUUAUUGAAUUACAGAAUACUUCGAAUGGAUGGAGAGGAUUAUUUUUAAAUGAAUCUAGUAAAAUAUUAACAGAUGAAAUAGCUUUUAGUUUAAGACAAUGUUCACCUUGUUUUAGUAAUAAUGUAUGGUAUAGAUUAUAUGCCUCAUGGAAACAAGGAACUAGUUUUAAUAGAUUUAUGAGUUCUCUUUUUCAUUAUCCAUCUCCUAUCGUAAUAGUAAUAAAAACAAAUGAUAAUCAGAUAUUAGGAGGAGUAUGUACAACACCCUUAAAGGAUUCUCAUUUAUAUCAUGGUUGUUCUAAUGAUUUCCUUUUUGCAGCUUAUCCUGUAUUCCGUAUUAUUAGAACAAAUCAAUUUGGUACAAACUAUGUAUACUUAAAUAGUAAAAAUAGUUUCUAUCCAAAAGGAUUAGGUUUUGGUGGGAAACCUGAAUGUUUUAGAUUAUUUUUAAGUGAUGAAUUUAAAGAUUCUUAUUGUACCGAAAGUGAUUUUACAUACAAAAGUGGACAUUUAUAUUUUCCACAGCAGAAAAAUAAAAAAGGAAAAAAAAAUAAUUAUACAAAUGGUUCAUCAGAUAGUAAGGAUGGUGAUAAUCAAGAUGAUAAAAACAAAAGUGAAGAAUUAGAAGAACACGAACAAGAAAUAGAUGACGAGGAAGAUGAUUUAAAUUCAUAUUCAUUUUUAUACAAAUUAUCAAUCAACGAAGUUGAAGCUUGGGGAUGUGGUGAUGAAAAAGCAUUACAAGAACAAAAAUUAAUUAUACAAAAUGAAGAAGCAUGUAAACAAGAGAGAAGAACAACUGAUAAAUCUAAAAUGGUACAAAAUAGUUUUGAUAAAGAAUUUUUACUUCCUAAAGUUUUUUCUGUUGGAAAAUAUGAAGAAUUAAAACCGAGUACAUAA